UCCUUUGAAUCACAUCAUUAAGGUGAAUAUAUAAAGAACUGGCGACCACGUUACUUCCUGCUGAAGACAGACGGAUCUUUCAUCGGCUACAAAGAGAAACCUCAGGAUGCAGACCUGCCCUACCCCCUGAAUAACUUCUCCGUAGCAAAAUGUCAGCUGAUGAAGACGGAGAGGCCGAAGCCAAACACCUUCAUCAUUCGCUGCCUCCAGUGGACCACCGUCAUCGAGAGGACCUUCCAUGUGGACUCGCCUGAUGAGAGAGAUGAGUGGACAGACGCCAUCCAAAUGGUGGCUGACAAGCUGCAAAGACAAGAGGAGGAAAGGAUCCAGUGCAGCCCAACAUCAAACAUCGACAACAUGGUCGAGGAGGAGAUGGACAUUUCCACGACGCACCACAAACGCAAGACAAUGAGUGACUUCGACUACCUGAAGCUUCUGGGAAAGGGAACCUUUGGUAAAGUGAUUCUUGUCCGGGAAAAGGCCAGCGGGAAAUAUUACGCCAUGAAGAUCCUCAAAAAAGAAGUCAUCAUAGCCAAGGAUGAAGUGGCUCACACACUCACAGAGAGCAGAGUGCUAAAAAACACCAGACACCCCUUUCUUACUUCACUGAAGUAUUCAUUCCAGACUAAAGACCGCCUCUGUUUCGUCAUGGAGUAUGUGAAUGGAGGAGAGCUGUUUUUCCAUUUGUCCAGAGAGCGAGUGUUCUCAGAGGAGCGCACGCGCUUCUACGGCGCCGAGAUCGUCUCAGCUCUCGACUACCUGCAUUCAGCCAAGAUUGUGUACCGGGACCUCAAGUUGGAAAACCUGAUGCUGGAUAAAGAUGGCCAUAUCAAGAUCACUGAUUUUGGCCUCUGCAAGGAGGGCAUCACAGACGCUGCUACCAUGAAGACCUUCUGUGGCACUCCAGAGUACCUCGCACCUGAGGUCCUGGAGGAUAAUGACUACGGUCGGGCGGUGGACUGGUGGGGUUUGGGCGUCGUGACCUACGAGAUGAUGUGUGGCCGACUGCCGUUCUACAACCAGGACCACGAGAAGCUGUUCGAGCUCAUCCUCAUGGAGGACAUCAAGUUCCCGCGCACCCUGUCGGCCGACGCCAAGUCCCUGUUGUCUGGCCUGCUCAUCAAAGACCCCAACAAACGGUGUGUGUCGAGCCUUAAACCCUUAACCCUUUGUGAAAACAUCCCCAGAUGUGGUCAGUACCAGCUCCACAACUGUGAGAAACGAACAACCUGAGCCUCCACGGAUGAUAGACAGUUGGGAGAAGUUUAAAACACAAUACAUCUCCUUAUCCUUACCAGAAAGCCAGAGGGAGAUUUUAAAAACUCCAGUGAAAAAUUUUACUUGUGCCUAAACAUCACUAAAAAACUGAGAACAAAAGCAGCCUCAUAAUAAAGAGUCAGUGGCUGAUGCUGUUGAACCUGAACCAUCGGUGUAGUGCUGCCUUUUUCUCAAAGUGAGGAAAUAAAGUAUUUCAAGUUUC